CACCGCUACCGCUGCCGCUGCCGCCGUGCUCGGGGAUCCGGGCGCUCGCGCUUAGCUCGCUGGCGACCUGCCUCCAGCCCGGGCCCACACCCCGGCCCAGGUGUCUGUUGGAGCUGUCAGUGGCCUCAUGCUGAUCCAGCCCUCUUCCUUGCUGCCUUUGGCCCUGGAUAAUGGCCCCGCCGUGGUGACAUCUGCCUGCACUGUGUCUUCCUAGGCUGGCGAGGCCCUGGGAAGCAGGGUCGACUUUGGAGCAGCAGCACCAGCGGAGCUGCCACAGGAUCUGCGGGCCCAUGGGGAAGGAGGCCGUGGCUGCCGCAGGACUGGGGUGGGAGACAAGGGGCGGCGGGCCGUGAGGGAGGCACCUCCCUCUCAGCUCUUGUGCCCUUCAGCCAUGCAGACUGGGACAGCACACCUCUGAGUGUGCAGGUGUCAUCCCACCCCGCCCUCCAUCCCUCUUGGGGCUGCCGCCCAGCCUCCCCCCAGCCCCUCCACCAGGCUGAGCGGGGUGUCCCACCAGGGCAGUCCCGAUGGCUGGGCAUGGGAGGGGCAUGCUGUGGGUGUGUGUGGCGGCAGCUGCCCUGCUGCAUGCAGGUGGACUGGCCCGUGCCGACUGCUGGCUGAUUGAAGGUGACAAGGGCUUUGUGUGGCUGGCCAUCUGCAGCCAGAACCAGCCGCCCUACGAGGCCAUUCCGCAGCAGAUCAACAGCACAAUCGUGGACCUGCGGCUGAACGAGAACCGCAUCCGCAGCGUGCAGUAUGCCUCGCUGAGCCGCUUCGGCAAUCUUACGUACCUCAACCUCACCAAGAAUGAGAUUGGCUACAUUGAGGAUGGUGCCUUCUCAGGCCAGUUCAACCUGCAGGUAUUACAGCUGGGCUACAACCGGCUACGCAACCUCACGGAGGGCAUGCUGCGUGGCCUGGGCAAGCUGGAGUACCUCUACCUGCAGGCCAACCUCAUUGAGGUGGUCAUGGCCAGCGCCUUCUGGGAAUGUCCUAGUAUCGUCAACAUUGACUUGUCCAUGAACCGCAUCCAGCAGCUGAGCAGCGGCACCUUCUCGGGCCUGACCAAGCUCUCCGUGUGUGAGCUGUACAGCAACCCCUUCUACUGCUCCUGUGAGCUGCUGGGCUUCCUGCGCUGGCUGGCUGCCUUUACCAACGCCACACAGACCUACGACCGUAUGCAGUGCGAGUCGCCACCCAUCUACUCUGGCUAUUUCCUCCUGGGCCAGGGCCGCCACGGCCACCGCAGCAUCCUCAGCAAACUGCUGUCUGUCUGUACAGAGGACUCCUAUGCAGCAGAGGUGGCCGGGCCCCGUCUGGUACCUGGCCGCUCCCAGCCAGGCCGCUCACCACCGCCGCCACCACCGCCGGAGCCAAGCUUGGGCAGCCGAGCCGAUGUGCCCUGUGCUGACGAAGAGUGCUUCUCUGGCGACGGCACCACACCACUGGUGGCUCUGCCCACACUGGCCACGCAAGCCGAAGCUCGUCCCCUCAUCAAGGUCAAGCAGCUGACCCAGAACUCGGCCACCAUCACCGUGCAGCUGCCCAGCCCCUUCAACCGCAUGUACACGCUGGAACAUUACAACAACAGCAAAUCCUCCACUGUGUCCAGGCUGACCCAGGCCCAGGAGGAGAUCCGCCUGACGAACCUGUACACACUGACCAACUACACCUACUGCGUGGUAUCUACCAGCUCGGGCACUCACCACAACCACACCUGCCUCACCAUCUGCCUGCCCAAGCCCCCCAGCCCACCUGGGCCAGUGCCCAGCCCUUCCACAGCCACCCACUACAUCAUGACCAUUCUGGGAUGCCUCUUUGGCAUGGUGCUGGUGCUGGGCGCUGUCUACUACUGCCUGCGCAGGCGGAGGCGCCAGGAGGAGAAGCACAAGAAGGCAGCCUCAGCAGCUGCAGCCGGCAGCCUGAAGAAGACCAUUAUUGAGCUCAAGUAUGGACCUGAGAUGGAGGCGCCUGGUCUGGCCCCACUGUCCCAGGGCCCACUGUUGGGCCCUGAAACUGUGACCCGCAUCCCAUACCUGCCGGCCACGGCCAGCGAGGUGGAACAGUACAAGCUAGUGGAGAGUGGAGAGACACCCAAGGCCAGCAAGGGAAACUACAUGGAGGUGCGCACUGGGGAGCCAGAACGUAGGGACUGUGAGCUGGGCCGGCCAGGCCCCGAGAGCCAGAGCUCGGUGGCUGAGAUCUCCACCAUUGCUAAGGAGGUGGACAAGGUCAACCAGAUCAUCAACAAUUGCAUUGAUGCGCUCAAGUCUGAGUCCACCUCCUUCCAGGGUGCCAAGUCUGGGCCUGUGUCUACAGCCGAGCCCCAGCUGGUGCUGCUGUCCGAGCCGCUGACCACCAAGCACGGCUUCCUGUCGCCCGUGUACAAGGACACAUUUGGCCAUGGCCUGCAGCGGCACCACAGUGUGGAGGCGGCCCCUGGGCCCCCGAGGGCCAGCACCUCGUCCAGUGGCUCCACACGUAGCCCUCGGGCCUUUCGCACUGAGCCCCCCGGCGUGCACAAAGCCACAGCCGCUGAAGCCAAGUACAUAGAGAAGAGCUCACCAGCAGCAGAGGCCAUCCUCACUGUGACACCCGCAGCCGCUGUGCUGCGGGCCGAGGCCGAGAAGAGCCGCCAGUACGGCGAACACCGGCACUCCUACCCUGGCUCCCACCCCGCCGCCGAACCGCCCGUGCAGCCCCUGCCGCCGCCAGCCCACGAGGGCCUGGGCGGCCGCAAAGCGUCCAUCCUGGAGCCACUGACCCGGCCGCGGCCCCGCGACCUCGCCUACUCCCAGCUGUCGCCGCAGUACCACAACCUGAGCUACACGUCCAGCCCUGAGUACCCCUGCAGGGCCUCUCAGAGCAUCUGGGAGCGCCUCAGACUGAGCCGGCGCCGCCCCAAGGACGACGAGGAGUUCAUGGCGGCCGGCCAUGCCCUGCGCAAGAAGGUCCAGUUUGCCAAGGACGAGGAUCUGCACGACAUCCUGGACUACUGGAAGGGCGUGUCCGCCCAGCACAAGUCCUGAGCCGUCACGGAGGUGGU